GUUGGUAUCUCUAGGAAAGAGAUCAAAGAAGCAAAACGAGAGGAAGGGAAAUUCAAAGAAGUAGAAAUUUCACACUCAAAUUUUUUAAUCUCUCACUUUCUUCUCUACCUUCUCUUCAAAUCUUCAAAUCCCUUUAACAAUGACUGUUUUGUCCCACUGUUAAGUGUUUCCUCCUUGUCUAUCUCUUCACCAGCAGAACAGAUUUUCACUUAUGGGACUUCGUAAACUCUUCUCCAUUUUCUCUCCUAAUCACCAAAACCAUGAAGACAAAAUCCUUCCUUCUUACAGUCCCAUUCGCGACAAUCUCGUCAAAAGCCCUGAAAACCCCCAUACUAAUGGGUACCCAAGAUCUUUCAUUAAGUACUUGCGCAGCCUUAUGUCCGGAAAGAAAAGUGGUGGAGGGUUAAGGACGGACGAAGAAGAGAGAGUGUAUUCUUGGCUAUAUGCAUUGGCGCAAUCGGAUAAAGAUUUGGUUUUUGAGUAUGUUCAGUCCACAGAAAGGGGCUUGAGCUUCACUGAAGCAGAAAGAAGACUGAAAGAAAAUGGGCCAAAUGUUCCUCUUGAGUAUACUUUUCCAAGUUGGUGGCAUCUUCUGUGGGCUGCAUUUUUCCAUCCUUUCAAUAUCAUUUUGAUUGUGCUGUCAACUCUCUCAUACAUAACCAGUGACAAUCCAAAUGGAUGCAUCUUGCUCAUACUGGUUUUAAUUAGUGUCUGCCUCAGAUUCUACCAGGAAUACAUUAGUUCAAAAGCUGCCAUGAAACUCUAUGAGUUUGUUAAGCGGCCGGUAAAAGUUCAAAGAUGUGCGGGCAGAGUUGUUCAGACAGAGUUACUAGUUCAAGUUGAUCAAAGAGAUGUUGUUCCAGGGGACAUUAUCAUUUUCGAGCCAGGUGAUCUUUUUCCUGGAGAUGUGAGAUUAUUAUCGUCGAAGCACCUUGUCGUAAGUCAGUCCUCAUUAACAGGCGAGUCCUGGACAACUGAAAAAACAGCCUACACUAAAGAAAAUCAGAGCACUCCUUUGCUAGAGUUGAAGAAUAUUUGUUUCAUGGGAACAAAUGUGGUCUCAGGUAGCGGGACUGGUCUGGUUGUUUCCACUGGAUCCAAGACUUACAUGAGCACCAUGUUUUCAACUAUAGGGAAACAAAAACCACCAGAUGGCUUUGAGAAUGGUAUCCGACAAAUAUCCUACGUGCUCAUUGGCGUUAUGCUAAUAGUAAUGACAAUAAUAAUUACGGCUUACUACCUGAAAUCUCGUGCUUUGAGUGAGAGUGUUCUUUUUGGACUCUCAGUGGCAUGUGCGCUUACUCCUAAUAUGCUUCCCCUUAUUGUUAAUACAAGUCUUGCAAAAGGAGCACUUGCCAUGGCCAGAGACAGAUGCAUCGUCAAAAGCUUAGCCUGUAUACGUGAUAUGGGAUCCAUGGACAUCCUAUGCAUGGAUAAGACUGGUACACUCACCAUGGACCAUGCAAUUGUGGUUAAUCAUCUUGACAGUUGGGGGUCACCAAAAGAAAAGGUCUUACGCUUUGCAUUCCUCAACUCUUACUUCAAGACUGAUCAAAAGUAUCCUCUGGAUGAUGCAAUUUUGGCAUUUGUAUACACAAAUGGAUACAGAUUCCAACCAUCCAAGUAUAGAAAAAUAGAUGAGAUCCCUUUUGAUUUUAUACGAAGACGAGUAUCUGUUAUUUUGGAAACUGAAUUCAAUGCAGACGGCAGAAAUGGCCAUGUUCUUGAGAGGAUCAUGGUAACCAAGGGAGCAUUGGAAGAAAUAAUGAAAGUUUGCUCUUUUAUUGACCAUAUUAGUAAGGGCACCAUGACCACUUUCACUUCAGAAGACCAUAGCCGAAUUCUAAAUAUUGGAGAAGAAUUAAGCAACCAGGGGUUGAGGAUUUUAGGAGUUGCAAUGAAAAGGCUAGAAAUGGAAAGAAGUGAUCCAAGCAUUACCAAUUAUGAGUUCACUGAAUCAGACAUGGUCUUCCUUGGUGUAAUUACGUUCUUUGACCCCCCAAAGGACUCAGCAAAGCAAGCUUUGUGGAGGCUGGCAGAGAAGGGAGUCAAAGCGAAAGUAUUAACAGGUGACUCACUAUCCUUGGCAGUAAGGAUUUGUGAAGAACUUGGCAUUAGAACCACCUAUAUAACAACAGGUCCAGAUCUUGAGCAACUCAAUCAGGAUGACUUUCAUGAGACGGUUAAAAGAGCUACAGUGCUUGCUCGGCUCACCCCAACCCAGAAACUCCGCGUGGUGCAGUCCUUACAAACAGUUGGAGACCAUGUAGUUGGAUUCCUGGGAGAUGGAAUCAACGACACACUUGCAAUUGAUGCUGCCAAUGUAGGUAUCUCCGUCGACUCGGGAGCUUCUGUUGCAAAAGACUUUGCUGACAUUAUCUUACUAGAGAAAGAUCUUAACGUUCUAGUUGAUGGUGUUGAACACGGUCGCCUUACAUUUGGUAAUACCAUGAAGUACAUUAAAAUGUCAGUUGUUGCUAAUGUAGGAGGUGUUCUUUCACUCGUUAUAGCAACUCUGCUGCUAGACUUUGAGCCAUUGACACCAAGGCAGCUCCUGACUCAAACCUUUUUGUACAGUGUGGGUCAGAUUGCAAUUCCAUGGGACAAAAUGGAGGAAGAUUAUGUGAGAACACCACAGAAAUGGUCUAUGAAAGGCUUUCCAAUGUUCAUAUUAUGGAAUGGUCCAGUGUGUACACUAUGUGAUAUAGCAAAUCUCAUAUUCCUGUGCUUCUAUUACUCAGCCAAUGGAUCUAACUACAAAUUCUUCCAUUCUGCUUGGUUCAUUGAAGGGCUACUGAUGCAGACACUAAUUUUCCACUUGAUCCGAACGGAGAAAAUCCCUUUCGUUCAGGAGAUCGCCUCAUGGCAAGUGCUGUGUUCGACAGUUGUGAUUUCUGCCAUUGGAAUUGCAAUUCCAUUCACCAUAGUUGGAGAUUUCAUGGGAUUCACUACUCUACCAAUGUCAUAUUUUGGAUUUUUAGUUUUGCUUUUCUUAGUAUAUUUUACACUUGGCCAAGUGGUCAAGAGAGUUUACAUUUUGAUUUACGGAAAAUGGCUUUAGAUAACAUUACUAACUCUUAAUAAGACAAGCAUCGCAAUAGAAGUUGCUUGGAGAGAGAGCAGGGGAAAAAAAAUUCUUUUCCUUUGUAUAUUAUUGAAGAUGAGCAUAAUAAAUGUAGCUUUUCCUA